AUGCCCAUUCACUUAUCUUACAUCCCCUAUGUCCCCGACAAAAGUCUGUCCCGCAACGACUUCGAGCGUCUUCAGUCUAAAGCACGCUCGCACGCAGCCAAGUUCAGGAAUCGACACAAUGCCAGCACCAUUGUCUUGAAGAAGCAUUGCUGGUCAGCACCGACAGAUCCACCAUAUCCAAGACGCCGCACCAAGACAGCUUGGAGCGAGCAGUAUGAAAACACUCCAGCUUCCGCAGGGCAAAGCACGUAUUUCUCGUCGCCUCGAAUACGAAUUGACCAACUGUUGAUGGGAGAGGACCAAGAGGCUAAGACAACAAGCGUUGGGCAGGUAGUGGUGCCGGACAACAAGAACUCCAAGUCUGGCGUUGACAGUUCUCGAAUCCGCUCCCUGCCUCUCAAGCCCGAGACUGAAUUAGCAACACCAAAUCCAUGGCAUUGGACGAGGGGUGUUCGAGUUGACCCGUUCGAUUGUAUUCCUGGGACCGACCGUUAUGGGGCCGCCCUCGCAAUUGACUUCCUUAUACAUUAUAUCAUGCCGACAGUUGCCUCGAUCAACGAAGCAUUCAAUGUCGUCAAUGUCUACGGACACUGGGUACUCGAGAACAUGGCCAAGUACGAGGACUUCUUUCACGUAUUACUCGGUCUGACAAAAGUGGCCCACACUGCAAUUGCAUGUCCUGGAUCUCCCUUGCCACAAGAUGCCUUUAUCCAUGCCGGACAGGCAAUGUCCAAGCUGAGAGCUAGGCUGGCGAAGCCCGACGCCCGUGUAGACGAUGGUGCUAUCCUGACAAUCCUGUACCUGGCAAUGUUUGAGAGAGGUCUUGGAAACGAAUCAGCAUACAAGGCGCACAGGGCCCAAGUCGAUCAAAUGGUGGCGUCGAGAGGCGGCGUCUGUCGCUUGGGAGUUGGUAGUUCAGCUCGGACCACCCUGACAGUCCUGUUGUCCCUCUCCGGCGAUCUGCCCCCCGACUCACCACCAGACACACCCGCCACGACAAAGUUGACUUUACAACAAGCUUCCUGGAUUCAAUUUGAAGACGACACGAAAACCAUGGAGCAGCUCCCCUGCGGGUUCCGCAACCUGGCGAGAGCGGGAGCACUCUCGCUUGAGACUCUCCAAAUCAUCCACAGAAUCAGCGUCAAGCAGGAUUGGAGCCCUCAAGAUCCAACCUACAAGGGAAAGUAUGGUGAGGAGAUGUCCAAGGUCUACGGGCCUGUCGCGGGCCAGGCGUGGAACUUCUGGGAUGCCUGCGCGGCGUUCAGGGCCCCCGAAGGACCAAGGGGCCCCUCCCUGGAGAAAAUGAUCUGCCUCGCCCUGUUCCGCUACUGCGCCAACCGCGCCAAUCACCUGCGGCCGAAGGCGUGCAUCUACCAUUCAGCCACGACGCAGUUGACCGCUCGCCUGCCGGAAUUCCGGGUAUCCAGCUCCCGCACAGAGCGCGACUGCCUGAUCUGGAUAUGGCUCGUCGCGAUCGAUUCUUGGGCCAUGGCGCAGAACUCUGCCGAGCUGUCCCACGAGGGCCGGCAGCUCCUGUUGAAGAUGCGUAAGGCCAUGCCGGAGCUACAGGAUUGGGAGUGGUGGGACUUGGAGUCCUUGGGCCAGAAGUUCUUCUGGCGCGACGAUAUCCGGAUCCUGUUGAAGGCGAUCUGGGAAUCUCCCGAGCUGCGAAAGGACUUGUGA